GGGAAGAUUGAGCAAGAGUUGAGCUUGUUAAAUCAAAGCGUGAUGUGGAACACUGGAGCAAAGAUACAGGGACUUUAGAGAGAGACAGAGAGAGAAAGAGGGCGAGAGAGAGAGAGAGAGAGAGAUAAAGAAAGAGGGCGAGAGAGAAAGAGAGAGAGAGAGAAAGAGAGAGGGGGCUGUGGGAAAAAAAAGUGCUUUGACAAUUUGCAUCUCUCAAAAAGGAAAACCGCGGCAAAUUUCUGGUUCUGUGUGAGCUACAAUUCCAAGGAUUCUGGACAAAGGCGAGUAGCGAGGAAAAGACAUUAACUUCAGCUCGGAGGCCGCCUGUUGAAUGGAUAUCCUGGAGAGAAUUCUCCGCGGACACAAGUCAGGAACUUUAGAAACUUAUUUUUUGAAGACUGUUUUUCUCCCCCCACUUCUGGCUUGAGCACAAGCACCGGGGGGAUUUGGGAGGAGGAGGAGGAGGAGGGUGGGAGAAGGUUUAAAUCGGUGCACUAAAACUCGCUGUUAUGCAACUGAGAGGGGGCUUUGUAAGGCACAAGCGCUGGCAAAUUGCGGAGGUUUCUCCAGGAUGUAUUCCAUCCGAUCGCUUUAAACAAGGCUCUUGAAGAAUGGUCCGACGGGUCAGACUGAGCUGGUAUUCCCUGGCGAUCUUCGCUUGUCUUAGCUCGGUGGCCGGGGCUCAGCCCGUUUGCUGGCAGGUUCUGCUACGCUGUCAGGAGGAAAAGGAUUGCAAGUGGGCUUACGGUCAGUAUACUGCUGCCUGCGAGCCUUUCCUGAGAGGACUGAGAAGGCAGUGUCCCAGCCACUGCAUCGGCGCCCUGGUCAAACUCAACCAGACCCAGAACGGGCCGGACCUGGAGAACUGUGACUGCGACCAGGACGUGCAAUGCAGGCGGGCCAAACGAGCCAUCGAGCCUUGCAUGCCCAGGAGGUACCGGGGCCAGUCGCCGGACGCGGCCGACCUGGGCUGCACCGAAGCCCGGCAGCGUUGCGAGGAGGAGUCGGUGUGCCACGGCGCCAUGAAGGACUACCUGUCCAACUGCGGGCAGCUCUUCAACGGCAGGAGGUGCACCGCCGUCUGCAAGAGCACCAUCCAGUACCUGCUGACCAUCCCCAAUGGGGUCCUGCUCAACACAUGCGUCUGUGACGGGGUGGAGAGACCGUUCUGCGAGGUGGUGAAGGAGAACAUGGAGAGAUUCUGCUCCAUCAGCAGUCACUCGCUUUUUACGGCCACACCGGACUCCGAGGAGAAUUACGAAUACGACGAUUACGAAAUGAACAAAACGGAUUUAAGGCCAGAAAUUGCAGACGGGAUGGACGCGCCGUUGAAUCUCUGUGCAGGGCUGUGGGCACACACGUGGUGUUCCCUCCUCCUCCUCCUCCCUCUCCUGAGCUUGUGGUUUUCAUAAUACUUUGUGCAAACAAUUCUUUGCAGGUUUGUGUUUUUGUCAAUCUCCCCCCCUCCUCCUCCUCUCUUACUAUUUGUCUGUGCGGGCACUGUGCGCCUGAAGUGUUUACAAAACACAAACACUUCAAAUACUGAAGCUGGCCUGGUCCUGUCAGGUCAAAUUAACUUGGGCUAUCAGAGACCAACGCCCCCCUCUCACAUACACACCUCGGACUGGUAAAUCGAUUUUUAAAACUCACAAGCAUAAAACAGGGCGUCUGUAAAUAACUCAUCGAACCAUCUUGGGACUUGGCUCGAUUUAAUCCCAAUAAAACACAAGAAACUGCGUGUACAAAUGUUUCCAAUGGUUCAAUUGGUCUUUAAAAUAAAUAUUGACAAUGGGACCCACAACUGCGAAAAGUUGGACCACUCGACUUUUUAAGAUGUGCAACUUCUCGAAGACUUUUUGUAUAAAGAUGGAGAUCUUUUUGACACUAUUUAUGAAUUUGCAACUAAUACGUUUUUGAAAUAAAUUCA